CUGAAAGCUUUAUGCUAUAAAAACAUUCAUAAUACUUUUCAAUGCUUUUAUAAGCCUUGUUUUGUACAUUAGUUUUAUAAUCUCCAAGUUUAUCGAGAGCAUCGGCAAAGAAUCAACUAUGGCAGUGUUUGUCAUGAUUGUGCUCCUGGCCAGCUUUGUGACUUCCAUUAGAUCUCAUUCAUGUCACCAUGCUUGCAAGAGCUCCAAUGAAACAAGGAUGAUGAGCUAUCAAGAUCAAGGAGACAAUAUUUAUAGCCUAGUCCUUGAACAGCCACAAGGAUUAAACUAUGCAAAUCCAAAAAAAUUCAUAAGUAAUAAAACACAAGGAGCACCAGCUUGGACUAUCCACGGACUGUGGUUGUCUCAAAAUGGAGAAAGCAAAAACUGCUGUACAACAUUGGGCCCACUUGAUCUCAACAAUAUAUCAGAAGAUGUGCACUCCGAAAUGAAGACCUUGUGGAUGUCUCUGACUAAGAGAAAAGAUAAAGGCUUCUGGUCACAUGAAUGGUGCAAGCAUGGCAAUUGUGUUGCAAACACACUUACAUCAAAAGACAACCCAACAAAUGCAUAUUUCAGUCAGACUCUUGAGUUGUACCAUAAGCAUGACGUUAAAGAAAUACUUGACAAGAAUGGCAUCACACCAGGGAAUCCAUAUAAGGGCACUGAAAUAAUCGACGCAAUUCGUGAUGAGAUUAAUGUCACUCCACAAAUUUUUUGUGACAGGAGCAAGGAUCAGGGCCAGCAAGUAUUGAUAGAGCUCAUGCUGUGUUUUAGUGGCACAGAUUUGACUCCAGCUGACUGCCCCGAAGGAAUUGGAUACGGGCGAAAUGAGGAAUGUGGUGAUAAAGUUAUGUACUACCCAACAAAAUUUCAACAAGAUUAACUCUCCCCUUAAAGAAUUGAUCCCCCUUCAAUUGUGUGCUGAAACAGUACUUUUUUAUAUUAGAAAUAGAUGUAGAUAAUGUCAUUUUUGUCUUUAAUUAUUAAAAUCAACAUAAA